CCAAAUUGCAUACCAGUAUGGUUUUAACAAUAUGAAUGAAUUUUAAAUACGAAGUAGAAUGGAUCAUAUCAAUGAAUUUCAUACGUUUCUACAGUUUUACGGUUUGAAUAUAACGAAAACAUAUACGUGGAGAGCUUAACAUCAUUUGAUUCAAGUAGGUGUGUAGGUCAAUGCAGUGCUUUUGUUCCAAUGUACACCUGGAUGUAUUCUGUAUUUCACAUUCGUGAUUUCGCGCUUCUGAUCUCGCCGGGGCCGGUAAUCAUAAGUACAGUUCACGAUAUCGGUAGUCGUUGAUCGUUAGAGAUGCCGUUGCAGGUCAAGGACUUGGCGAGGGUGGUGAAUGGGUUGUCUCUCGUGGCCAAAGAGUCUCUCCGGCGCCGACUGCUCCUUACAGACGGAGUUGAUUUGCAAAGCCUAAUCAAGACAACUCUUCUGUCCGCCACCGAUCUAACCGGCCUCACCAAAGGCAGGUUUCGGCGUCUCGAAGAUGAUGCUACCGCUGCCCACGCUACUUCAGAUAUCGUUGAUCCUAACACGAAUGCUAAACUCAAUGCAACCAAAGAUAGUGUUGUGUACUUCGUCGAUAGUGCACCCCAACCAGAUCAUAAGCGUUCUCCUGAUUCUAAUGAUGUCGCGGAUACUCUUCAUUCUGAGGUUCUCCCUGCGCCUGUUUGUGAUAUUGCUGCUUCGAAUGAAGGGGGGUCUCCGCCUUUGGAAACACCGGACUCGUCCAUUGAAGUUGAUCCUCAUCCUUCUCUCCAGAUGGACGAGCCAUCUACACAACGAGAUUUCCCAGCUGGUGGAGCCCCGACCUCCCAAACGGUGAUCAAGAGGCAGCUAAGGAAACCUAGGGAAAGAAGGGUGCCUACUACUCCUUUUUCUAGGGCGCUUGGAUUUGCAGGUCUUGGGGCUGGACUUGCGUGGGGCACUCUUCAGGAAUCCACAAAGAGACUAAUCUUUGGCUCCCCAACUUCAAAGGAUAAUCAAAAUGCUAUUUCUCCUUACCUAUCUGAGAGAAAUGCAGAACGUUUGGCUCUUGCAUUGUGCAGAAUGCGUGGUGCAGCUCUUAAAUUGGGACAGAUGUUGAGUAUUCAAGAUGAAUCUAUUGUGCCUGCUCCGAUCUUGGCUGCUCUGGACAUUGUUCGUCAGGGUGCAGAUGUGAUGCCUAGGAGCCAACUCAAUAAAGUUCUUGACACUGAAUUAGGCCCUGAUUGGUCAACUAAGCUAAAGAGUUUUGAUUAUGAACCAAUAGCAGCAGCAAGUAUUGGACAGGUACAUAGGGCUGUGACAAAGGAUGAUAUGGAGGUUGCAGUGAAAAUACAAUACCCUGGUGUUGCUGACAGCAUCGAAAGUGAUAUUGAAAAUGUCAAAAUUCUCUUGAGUUAUACUAAUCUUAUCCCAGAGAAAUUGUACAUUGACAAUGCUAUGAAGGUAGCAAAGGAGGAACUCUCUCGUGAAUGUGACUAUGUUCUGGAAGCAAAAAAUCAGAAAAUUUUCCGUGAUCUUUUGCAUGGAGAAACUGGCUUUUACGUUCCGAUUGUGGUAGAUGAGUUGUCCGGUAAAAGAGUAUUAACUUCGGAGCUUGUCCCUGGAAUUCCAAUUGAUAAGGUAUCAUUACUUGACCAAGAGACUCGCAACCAUGUUGGAACAAAGUUGCUUGAACUCACUCUGAAAGAGUUGUUUAUAUUUCGAUUCAUGCAGACUGAUCCCAACUGGAGCAAUUUUCUUUAUGAUGAGUCAACAAAUUCAAUCAAUCUCAUAGACUUUGGAGCAGCUCGAGACUACCCUAAACAUUUUGUUGAUGACUAUUUAAGAAUGGUUCUUGCUUGUGCGAACAGUGACCGGGAAGCAGUGAUUGAGAUGUCAAAGAGACUUGGAUUUCUCACAGGGGAAGAGUCAGAUGUAAUGAUAGAUGCACAUGUGCAGGCAGGUUUUAUUGUAGGGUUGCCAUUUUCAAAGGAAGGAGGCUAUGAUUUCCGGUCUAACAAUAUAACACAAAGCAUUUCGAAUCUGGGGGCUACCAUGUUGAGGCACAGGCUGACACCUCCACCAGAAGAAGCGUACAGUCUGCACCGAAAGUUAUCCGGUGCUUUCCUUGCUUGUAUCAAGCUUGGUUCUGUUGUGCCUUGUCGCGAAGUAUUGUUUGAUGUGUAUGAUAAGUAUCAGGCUGGUGAAGAUGGCGUCGUUUCGUCAAGGGCGUAUUGAGGUUAGGUUUCCCAGUUUCCCUUACCUGGGCGCUCUUAUUCAUCAUCCUUCCCAAAAAAUAAUUUUAAUUUGAUGACAUCAUAAUAUAUUACUCAUCAUUCAUCAAAUUUGAUUUGUGCAGUGUAUCACGAAUUGUGAUUGAUUGAUUUUUAUAGUGAAAAAACUUGUUAUUUCUCUUUUAAA